AUGGGGAAUGUGGACGAUGGUGUGUGCCUCAUCCGCCGCUUCACCGAGGGGCGCUUCGCCCAGAUCUCCGACCCCACGGUGGGCGUGGAUUUCUUCUCCAGGCUGGUGGAGAUCGAGCCGGGCAAGAGGAUCAAGCUGCAGAUCUGGGACACGGCCGGGCAGGAGCGGUUCCGGUCCAUCACCAGAGCCUACUACAGGAACUCAGUUGGCGGACUCCUCCUCUUUGACAUUACAAACCGCAGGUCCUUCCAGAAUGUCCACGAGUGGCUAGAGGAGACCAAGGUGCACGUCCAGCCGUACCAGAUCGUCUUUGUUUUGGUAGGGCACAAGUGUGACCUUGACACGCAGCGGCAAGUCACCAGGCACGAGGCUGAGAAACUGGCUGCUGCAUAUGGUAUGAAGUACAUUGAGACCUCUGCUCGGGAUGCCAUUAAUGUGGAGAAGGCCUUCACUGAUCUGACUCGAGAUAUAUACGAGCUUGUUAAAAGGGGGGACAUUUCAAUCCAGGAGGGAUGGGAAGGGGUAAAGAGCGGGUUUGUCCCAAAUGUAGUGCACUCUUCAGAAGAAGUGGUGAAAUCAGAUAGGCGAUGCUUGUGCUGAGCUCUUCUAGUGAGACAAGUGGUGAUGAACUCUACUAACCAAAUGUACUUUACUAAGUGAACUCGGUGUGACAGAAGGGAGAGCAACAUUCCCGUUGUGAACAGCCUCCCACGUUGUUUUGGACACCAGAACAGACCCCGGAAAGAAAUGUUCUGUUCCAAAUAAUCUUGCAGAACUGGGGGCUACAAACCUAACGGAGAGUGAGGCUGCAUGUAGAUGUUGUGAGGAGACAGGAAGCAGAAAUGAGGGGCUGCACGAGAGAGGAGAGAGUACAGAGAGAGCUGAGUGGGCUGGCACACGCCAGGGUACUGUACAUGUCCUCUUUUCAGUAAAUCCAUAGCUCCGUGCUGGGUAUUGAAGCCACAGUGUGGAUACUUCGUUAGUGUGACAAAUGGGCAGACAGAGGGAAAGAAAGAGGACAUCUUUCUUUGUGUCAGCUGUUUAUUACCAGGAAGGUGUAAAGGCAGCACAGACACCUUUUCCUCAUAAGGCCAACUCCACAGGAAAAGUUUAUUGACAUGGUAUGCACACUUCUGAAUUUUCUUUCUUAUGUUCUUAAAUCUAGUUCCAUAGCAAAGAAUAUUCUGUGGGAUUUAAAGAGGAAAACAGUACUUAUUUGAUUGGUAAUUAAAAUUUAAAUUAUUCCACCCUUC